AUGCGGUCACGUGCCGAUUCCUGCCACGUUAAUACCAUCCUUGCAACCAAAGGCCGCAAGGGUGGUAUUACAAAAGGCUCAUCCGGCGCGGCAGCUACGUGGUCGCCCCUAUAUGAAGACACGUGGUCGCCCCUAUAUGAAGACACGUGGUCGUCCCUAUAUGAAGACACGUGGUCGCCCCUAUAUAAAGACACGUGGUCGUCCCUAUAUGAAGACACGUGGUCGUCCCUAUAUGAAGACACGUGGUCGUCCCUAUAUGAAGACACGUGGUCGCCCCUAUAUAAAGACACGUGGUCGUCCCUAUAUGAAGACACGUCGUCCCUAUAUGAAGACACGUGGUCGUCCCUAUAUGAAGACACGUGGUCGUCCCUAUAUGAAGACACGUUGUCGUCCCUAUAUGAAGACACGUGGUCGCCCCUAUAUAAAGACACGUGGUCGUCCCUAUAUGAAGAUACGUGGUCGCCCCUAUAUGAAGACACGUGGUCGCCCCUAUAUGAAGACACGUGGUCGUCCCUAUAUGAAGACACGUGGUCGCCCCUAUAUGAAGACACGUGGUCGCCCCUAUAUGAAGACACGUGGUCGCCCCUAUAUGAAGACACGUGGUCGUCCCAAUAUGAAGACACGUGGUCGCCCCUAUAUGAAGCCACGUGGUCGCCCCUAUAUGAAGACACGUGGUCGUCCCUAUAUGAAGACACGUGGUCGUCCCUAUAUGAAGACACGUGGUCGUCCCUAUAUGAAGACACGUGGUCGCCCCUAUAUGAAGACACGUGGUCGCCCCUAUAUGAAGACACGUGGUCGUCCCUAUAUGAAGACACGUGGUCGUCCCUAUAUGAAGACACGUGGUCGUCCCUAUAUGAAGACACGUGGUCGUCCCUAUAUGAAGACACGUGGUCGCCCCUAUAUGAAGACACGUGGUCGUCCCUAUAUGAAGACACGUGGUCGACCCUAUAUGAAAACACGUGGUCGCCCCUAUAUGAAGACACGUGGUCGUCCCUAUAUGAAGACACGUGGUCGUCCCUAUAUGAAGACACGUGGUCGUCCCUAUAUGAAGACACGUUGUCGUCCCUAUAUGAAGACACGUGGUCGUCCCUAUAUGAAGACACGUGGUCGUCCCUAUAUGAAGACACGUGGUCGUCCCUAUAUAAAGACACGUGGUCGUCCCUAUAUGAAGACACGUGGUCGUCCCUAUAUGAAGACACGUGGUCGCCCCUAUAUAAAGACACGUGGUCGUCCCUAUAUGAAGACACGUGGUCGCCCCUAUAUGAAGACACGUGGUCGUCCCUAUAUGAAGACACGUGGUCGUCCCUAUAUGAAGACACGUGGUCGUCCCUAUAUAAAGACACGUGGUCGUCCCUAUAUGAAGACACGUGGUCGCCCCUAUAUGAAGAUAC